UUGCUGGGCUGGGCCUUUUCAAGAUAAUAUUGUUCCUGUCUGCACCAAUAUGUUUGGGAAAAACCAUUAUAUCCCUUAUUCAUUGUGUUGUUGCAUCAAGAAAUUUGGCUAUUAUUGAUUUGAAUGAAAGAAAAGAUCUAAAGAAAAAGGCAUUUUGAAAUACAUAUAUAAAGGUGCUAGAAAAUAUGUGAAGAAAUAAGCAUUUCAAAAUAUAUAAAGAAGUGCUUUCCUUGGUGUUAAUUUAAUUUCUGUGCUAGUCAUUGCCAUUUUUUAUCUUGUGUAUAAAAAUGUCAUUCCAUUUUGUAAUACGAAUGUAUUUUCUAAAGUUGUAAAUUGGAUGUUUUAAACCAAAGGAUCUGAACCCCCUUCUAUUUACAUUGUUUGUUACCCCAUUGAUGUUAAUGAUUUGUAAAUUGAAACUUUAUAGAUAUAUCUUCCAAGAAAAUGUAUUAAAAUAGAUUCUAUAGGUAA